GCCGAGCGAGGCCUGCUGGCCCGCCGCCGCGUCCAGGGCUGGGCAGUGGAGGCCGUGCUGGGCCACCUGACUUUUUGCGGUCUCUGCUCCCGCGGCGCGCUGUCGGUUUUCAAGUCGGUGCGUGGCUUCGCGCAGGCGCACUAUGACUACCUGGCCGUGCUCUGGGCCGAGGCGCGACGGGAGCUGGCGGCCAUCAGCUCCUUGACCUACGUUUUGGGGUCCGACUGGCGACCCCCCUGGAAACCGAUGGCGCAGCAGUCGGACGCCGGCCUCCAUGGCCACGGGCUGGCGCGGGCUUUCUGGCCGCGGGAGUGGGUGGAGUCAGCUUUGGACAGGAAGAGAGGAAAAUUGGAGUUCAGGGGCCUUCCCGAGGACGAGGAGCAGCUGAGCCAGUGGGCCGUGGUGGGGGACUUCCCAGAGCCCUCGGCGCCGCCGAAGCUGGGCCGGGAAUUCCACCCGAGCCGCCCCCUCGCUGCCGACGGCGCCGACGCCGCUGGCAGCGACCCGGCGCGAGCGGCAGCUGGGCGAGUCGAUGCUUUUGCGGGCGGCCGUGCUGUUGCGGCCCUUGCCGCGGAGCUGGGCCAGGUAGUGGAGGGCCCGGGGAAGGGGCCGAUGCCGACGGGGCCCGCGCGGGCAGCGCCCGCGAGCGCCGUCUCCUCAGACAGCGCGAGCUCCGGGCCCGAGGGCGUGACCGGCGCCGCGCGGCAGCGCAGGACUUCCCUCUUGGAGCGCGAGGCCGCGCGGGCCCCGACGCAGCGCGAGUACCUGAGGGCCUGGGACGGCUGGCGGGACUUCGCCCGCAGGAGCUGGCCCUCGGUGGGCGUCGCACCGCUCGUGAGUGGCCGCGACGACUCGGCGGUGGAUGCGGCUCCGGUGAACUACUUGGACGGGCUGCACCAAGCCGGGGCGCGCCUCUCCUGGGCCGAGAAGCUCAUGGCGGGCGUUCUCCACUUGAACCCAGACUUCACGCGCCAUGGCGCCCGGCGCCUCCCCCGGGGCUGGAGAUGCCUCCGGGCCUGGCGGCGCAUGGAGCUUCCGCGGACGAGGAAGCCGUGGGCGCUGGGGCCGUGGCGCGCGAUGGCCUGGCGCAUGAAGGCACGGGGCAGUCUCCAGACGGCGGUGUUCACCCUGAUCGCGGUGAGCGCGCGCGCCCGCCCCAGCAGCCUCCUGCGCCUGAAGCCGUCCUGCCUGGCGCCGCCGGCGACGGGUGCGCGCGAGUCCUGGACCCUCAGGCUCUUCCUGGGGGAGGAGCUGCGGGGCAAGACGGGCCUGGGGGGCGCGUCGCUAGAGUUAGACUCGCGUUGGAUUCGCUUCGUGGACCCCGUGCUUCGCCAGUUGCGCCUGUGGGACUUCACUUAUCCCGAGUAUUGCAGGAUGUUCAGCCUGCGCCUCCAAGACUUGGAGGUGCGCGCCAAGAUGGUGCCCUACCAGAUGCGCCACUCGGGCGCCCCAAUAGACAUGGCAAGGAAGUGGCGGCGGCUGGGGGUGGAAGACCACCCGCAGCGUCGCACGCUAUCAGAAGCACGCCAGGGCGGCGGCCACGUGGGCGACUUUCACCAGCACCCAGCAGGACAUGUUCUUGGUCUGCAAGGCCCAGCUCGCGGACAUCAUUUUGGGUCGCGCCUCGCCGGUCGACUUGUGAGAGCUCGGCCCCGCCUGGUUGGCCUCUACCUGGCAGACAGCUUCAGCGGCAUGGGCGGCGUGGGUCGCGCCGCGAUGGCCAGCGGAGUGCCGGUCAGGUUCCGGGGUCCGCAGCGCGGGUCAGCUGGCGACCUCACCCAGCGCUCGGUCUGGCGAGGACUGUCUUCGGACAUCGCGAAGGGCCGCGUCUUGGCUGCGACGUUGGCCCUGCCGCGCGGGCCCUGGACCGCGGCGGCCGACCGGGUGGGCGCCAUCCGUUCCGCCUCGAUGCCCUGGGGGCUCCCUCGCCACCUCCUGAGUGAGCAGCAGUUGGCCCGCCUGGCAUCAG